UGACUAAAAAUUGUCCACAAGGGGGCAGUGCUGACCACCAAAAAAGAGCCGGUCACGAACGCCCAACUCAACUGGCAUCCCCUUGAAUACAAGAGGAAGAGGUUGGAUGGGUUUGUAACCUGAUAAAACCAACUGAAGCCUAUGCUCAGUUUUCCCAGUGGCGUGGCCAAUAGGAGGUUUUACGGAAUGGUUCAGGAGGCAUAUUAAAUUAAUGACAGUAGCAGGUAGACUAUAUGUGAUAGUACACAUAUAUAUGAAACAUCCAGCUCUUAAGAAUUUGGUUAUCUAGGUGCCUAGGAAGGGCAUUAUCGAAGAGGGAACGAAAAUUGCAGUUUGGUGUUUGCCAAGAAAACCCAUUCAUCAAGGCUAUAAAUAUAAUUCCAGAUUUGAGGUAAAUGUAGGCAAUUCUGUGCUGUGGGCCAGGCUGUAGAAUAUGAGCAUCAUUAGAAGAAACGCCAUCAUUUCAUUAUAACCUCUUUUGAUUUCAAUGUAACAUGAACUCUAGUGUAAAUAUGCAACAUUAUUAUUAUUAUUAUUAUUAUUAUUAUUAUUACUACAGUCCAUGCAGCGAGCUAUACUGAAAAGAGCUAGUAGCCUAGCUUGUGGGAGAGGGCGUGGGAGUAGUGCUCCACUGCAGUGGUGCUGUCAGUUGUAAUGUAACACUGUAAUCACGCCCUCUCCACCCCUUCCCCGAGACAGGUGGUCGGGGACCAACGCAUGCCAGCAGCAUCGUUCUCCCCCUUUAGAAAAAAAAAAAAAACUUGACAGUGGCGGCCAGCUACCCUGGCUUGUCCCUGAUGGAAUUAGAAUGUGACCUCAACGGGUUGCGAGGCCGGGCAGCUAACGGGAAACUUAACGGCAUUGGAGAGCACGUUUGCGUCGGGUUUUCACUAUGCCGUUCUCCGCACAUAAAGCAAAGCAAAGCAGAUAUGUGUGUUUAAUGGCAACAGGGAUCACGUUAAAUAACAGGUAACUGGAACCUGGUGGAUGUAGCGCGCAUUGGGUCGUGAUUAACCCCUUUUCAGUGUAAUCUAAGAGAAAACUUGACCGGGAGGUUAUGGCUUCGAGUUCAGGUAAAUCGACAAAUCAACCUACCGGUGCUUGUAACGGGACUGCUGCAGACUUCACCAACGUAGAGCAGGAACUGUAUGACUAUCAGAUGCACACGAAAAUGUGUAAGAAAAUAGCGCAGCUUACCAAGGUAAUAUACUCACUGAACACCAAGAAUGAGGAGCAGGAGGCCACACUGCAGUCACUCCGCCGCAUCGCAACGGAAUCGCAGGGCAGCCAGCUGCAGCCAGCUGCUGAGGAGGAGGAAGGGGAGGAGCUUGCUCUGAGGACACGCCUCCUGGAGCUGCAGGCCUUUGUGGAGGAAGAGCAGAAGAAAGGGGAGCAGGUGCAGACCGAGUUUGAGAUCUUUCGGCUUCAGGUGGAAGAGCAAGACCAGCGGUCCCAGGACGAGCACGUUGAGCGGGUGACCCUGCUCACGCAGGAGGCCCUGGAGCUGCGGAGGGACUUUGAGGCUCGGCUGCAGAGCCUGGAGGAGGAGAGGGACCGCACCCACAGCCAGCUGGAGCGGGCCAGGGAGGAGAGCCGGGCCCUGGGGCAGCAGUAUCAGGAGCUGCAGAGAGAGAGGGAGGAGGACAAGAAGAUGGAGGAGGACGAGAGGAAGAAGAUGGCCGAAGAGGAGAGCAAACGGGCAUCAGAGGAGAGCGAGAAGCAAGUGCGUGCCCUGGCGGAAGAGCUGAGGUUGCUGAAGGAGGAGAGAGAGGGAUGGGAGGAGGAGAGGAGGAGAGUGGAGGGAGAGUGGGAGAAGAGGAUGCGGGAAGUGAGGGUGGUGCAUGAGAAGGAGCAGGCAGCCAACAAGAGGUCUCUGGAGCAGAACCUCAGCGAGCAGAUUAGCCAGUGGCAGCAGAAGGAGCACGAGAACCGCAAAUCCCAGCAUGCAGUUCUGCAGCAGAGGCUGAGGAAGUUCGAGGGGGAGCUGGAGAACAAUGAGCAGAGACUGAAUGAGAGCAAGAGACACUGCCAGAAACUACAGGACAAGAUUGAGUACCUGGAGGAGCAACUGGAGGAUGGUCGUCACAGGGUGCUGGAUUCAGAGUCUGGGGCCAAGAAGGCUGAGGAAGAGCUUGCCGUGGCUAAGGAGAGGCUAUUGCUGCAGGAGAAUGAACUGCAGAAGAAGUCAGAGGAGCUGAUGAGUCAGAGUUCGUCUCAGGUGAAGGUGUCGGCGGAGGUGGAGGAGCUGAGGGCGCAGCUGAGCCGCACCAACCUCCGCAAUAAGGAGCUGGAGCUGCAGAGCAACGGGCGGAGCAGUGACCACGCCCGCAUGCUGAAACAGCACUCAGACACCCUGGGCACCAUGCGUCUGGAGCUGCAGCGCGCCCACGCCGAGGAGGUUCAGCGACUGCGGCAGGAGGUGGAGAAGGAGAAGGAACAGGGACGCGAUGAGGUGGAGGAGGAGAAGAAGGGCGUGAAUCAGCACAUGGAGGAGGAGCGGCGACGCCUGCGUGAGCAGCUGAAGCGCGCCCUGGAGGAGGUCAUACGCAAACACGCCGCCGAGAUGAGGCAGGCCAGUGCCGCGCUGGACGCCGAGAAGAAACGUGGCCAGCAGGAGCUACUCUCCUACACGGAGGAGCUGAGGAAGAGAGGUGAGGAGGAGAGGCAGAGCCUGGAGGUGGAGCGGGAUGAACUAAAGGUGCGCCUGCAGCUGUCAGUCUCAGAGAUUUCUCGACUAGAGGAGGCAAUCCGACAGAAGGAGAGGGAACGAGAGAAAGAGAAGGAACGGGAGAAGGAGAGAAAGCGUGAGAUGGAGCGGGAGAGAGAGAGGCAGAGCCACGAGGCGAUGGCCGAGCAGAGGCCAGUGUGUGGUGUGGAGUGUGCCGUUCUGAAGGAGCAGCUGGAGCAGGCACACACUGCCAUGGAGCAGAUGCAGGUGGAGGUGGACGAGCAGAGGUCCAGACUGCAGGGGAAGGUGGUGGCCUUGCAGGCCGAGAGGGAGGCCCUGGAGCAGAAGCUUCUGGAACAGUCCCAGCAAAACCUGGAGGAGAUCAGGGUGCAGAAUGAGCAGCGGUUUGCAGAGAAGCAUCGGUCUGCUGUGUGUGAGCUCCAGAGGGAGAGAGAGGCGGAGAUCAGAGAGAUCACUCAGCACUGGCAGAGCAGAGUAGAGGAGCUGCAGACACAAUUAGAGGAGAGGAAGAGGGACUCGGGUGUGUCUGAGGGUGCCAGGGAGGAGCGGCAGGGCAGCGGAGAGAUGGACAGAAUGAAGCAGGAGAUCCAGAAGACGAGAGAGCUGAACAGCACGCUGCGAGCACAGCUCCACGCCACCAUCCAGGAGAAAGAGAGGAUGAUGAGGAGGCAGCAGCUCAAGGCGGUGAAAGAGGAGGAGGAUGAGGAGGAAGAGGAGAAGCGAGGUGAAGCGAAGGAGAGGGGAGAGAGGGAUGGCAUGGAUGAGAGCGGAUGGCGUGAGCGUCAGGAGGAGGUGUUGCGUGCGGAGCGACACACACACCAGCUGACGGUGGCGGCCCUGGAGGCGCGGGCUCAAGAGGACCUCCAGGCGGAGAGACAACGCCUGCACACCCAGAACAAGCUGCAGCUGGAGAAGCAAAAGGCUGAGCUGACCCAGCAGCACACAGAGUGGGUCAGGCAGGUCACACAGAGACACAUGCAGCAGAUUGAGGACCUGCAGGCUGAACUACGCACACACACGGAGAUGGUGGCGCUACAGCAGGACCUGAAGCAGCAAAAUCAGCAGCAGUCAUACGAGAGACAGCUGGACGAGAGCCGCAGCGAGGUGCAGGAGCUACGCCGGGAGAACGCAGAGCUGAAGGAGCGUCUCAGCGCACUGAUGGAGGAGAGAGAAAGAGACAGGGAGAGGGAGAGAGAGAGGGAGAGACGAGACGCCUCCGGCCCUGAGGAACACACGUACUCAAGCUCAUGGGAAGAGCAGAAGAGAAGCAGAGAGGGGAAGGAGGAGAGAGAGAAGAGCAGGAGGCAGGAUGUGGACAGCAUGAAGAGAGAUCACAGGAGGGAGAUCCAGACCCUAAUCUCUGCUCAGACACGCCUACAAGCCCGCAUCGUUGCCCUGGAAACAGAGCUAAGAGAGCGCGAGGACAGGAGCAGGAGGCGAGAGUCACGCCUGGAGGAUCUACACACCAUCUCUAAACUUCAGGACAAACUCACAGAGAGAGACCAGCUCAUCAAGAGACUGGUGGAAGAGCGCCAUCAGCUAUCCCAGCAUCCUUCUGCGGGUGAUGGAACUCUGAAACACUAUGACAGCAAGACCCACUAUGGCAGUCUGACACCUACAUUAAAGAAGAAGGCCGUGGAGGAGACUCCUCCUCGCGUCACCAGCGUCCCAAACCUCAGCGCCUACGAGAGGGGUUACCAAACCCCUGAAGCUGGGACAUCCGUAUCUCCGCAGACUGCGCGCUCGCCCAGCUUUGAGCCUAGUUCACGGGGUCUCCCCCUGUCCCGCACAAGCACCCCAAAUUCAGGCUCAACUCUGACCCCCAACCUCUCCCCUGGCCAGAGGCAUGGGCGUUCGCCACCCCAGGAGUACCCGCACCAACACCUGAACUACACACACAUGAGGACACCCACAGAACAAAGAGUGAUUGAGACGGCGCCCCCAGAUGGACAGGACCCUCAGAGACAAGAGUGGUUCACUAAAUAUUUCUCUUUCUAAAGGACCCCUGGCCCAAAGCUGCCCCCACUCAUACCUGAUUAUAACCGUAUACAACGCUCAGUGUGUCAUGAAAAACCUCAAAACACACUUCAGUUACCUCAAAGCAGAUCAAAGACUGUACAAACACACAGAGUUUGUUUUAUCGGGUUGUGUAUGUUUGUGUUUGUGUUUGUGUGAGCGCGAGAAAGAGCGACAGAGAGAGUGACUGGCCGAACCAUGCAAAUAUCAUGUGCUUAUUCAAUGCUGAUGUAUUGUGUAUAAUGUGACAAAUAAAAAUACUUUAUUUUUAAUACCA